AUCACCAACGUCACUGAACUAAAGAUAUGUAGGACUUUAGGUUUGAAUUCGUGACGCUAUUAUUUGACGCUGCGCCGGUUCACACCACUCACCGCUCCGGUUGGUUAGCAUAGCUUUGUAGUUCGCUCGUUGGGAAUUUUCGUCCAAUUUUUGCAUGGGUGGUCUCGUAGCACAGACACACUGGAGUCUGCGCGGUUGUUGAAUGAUAAUAUAUGAAAAUUGCCACUUGAAAAAUGUUAUCAGUGGUCGGUGACAACAUUUUUAAUUGGGUUGCAUUUCAAGGUUUAGCCCAGCAAAGGAGUGAUUAAUAAUUCAUUUAUAAGUGACUUCUUGUUUUAUUUUCUUUUUCGUUUUCGCAUGUGUCCCCUCGGCUAGCUUUUUGAUGGAAAAGUUGGAGCUGAGUGGUUCAGCAGCUGAGUGACUAUGGACACCCUGUCCAGCCACAGCUCCUACCUCCUGCAGCAGCUCCAGGAGCAGAGGAUUCAGGGGCUGCUGUGUGACUGCAUGCUGGUGGUCAAAGGUGUCUGUUUCAAAGCCCACAAAAAUGUCCUGGCAGCUUUCAGCUCCCAUUUCAGGUCAUUGUUCCAAAAUUCCCCUAGCCAGAAGAAUGAGGUGUUCCAAUUGGUUAUCCAGGAUGUCAGUGGCAUCGGCCAAAUAUUGGACUACAUGUACACCUCCCACCUGGACAUCAACCAGGAUAAUGUACAAGCGCUCCUGGACAUUGCUCAGUGCUUGCAGGUUCCAAACGUGCAGAGCAUGUGCAAUGCUUUCCUCAAGCCUUGUCCUCCACCAGUGGAAAUCCCAUCAUUUUCUCUUCCAGGCAUGUUGAGCUCUGAGCACGACUGCCUCUUGGGGAGCAGUCUGCCUCACGAUGUUGACCUCCAUUGUCCCUCUGAAGCCCAGAGGCCUGGCCUCAACAAUGACGUGGACCACACCAAAAGGGUGUCAGUUUCUGUGCUAAACAGCAGCUCAAACUGUGACACAGCUAGCAGCACUCCAGCACCUGUAGAAAAACAGCUUGUCCAUGGCCACAGCUCCGUAACUUUUACAGCAAGCAGUACUUCAAACAAAGCGCAAUUCAGAUUAAUAGUACAGCCUCAAAUCAAGGUCCAGGUCCUUUGGUGGGGGUGGAGGAGCAACAGUGUCAGCUUACAGGCAGCCAGGGAGGUAACAACACACCUGUAUGCUCAGGGAAACACAAUUCAGCCUAAUCCUGCCAGCACAUCUGUGGCAGUGGAGAAGAACCCUGUCUCCUCCUUAACACCCUCAGAAAAUUUAAACACUCCCAACUCUGACCCAGCAGACUCCAUGCUCAACAGGCCAGUGCGCCCAAAGAAGGCUGUGUACCUGAAAAAAUACAACUACUUAAGGUCUCAGAAGGCUUUGGAGGAGAUGUGUGCUGAGUCAGCCAGUGAACCUGUCCUCAGCUGUCCCAAAGAGAGUCAUCAAGAAGAGUCUGUAAUCCAGACUGAAACUCCAGAAGCUCCUGUUGAGGUCACUGCUGCAGGCGAGGAGAAGGUUCCUGAGACUUCGACAGACGUGCAACAUCCCAGUCCUCCACCUGUGACCCAAGAGGAGCAAAAUCUAAAGACUGUGCCGGAGCCACCGCAGCAGACAGGACACAAGCAGUAUUGUUGUGAUGUGUGUGGGAAGAUUUUCAAACACCCGAGCAACCUGGAGCUGCACAAGCGGUCACAUACUGGUGAGAAGCCCUUUCAGUGUAAUGUUUGUGGGAGAAACUUUUCACAGGCUGGGAAUUUACAGACCCAUUUGCGGCGACAUUCUGGAGAGAAACCGUACAUCUGUGAAUUAUGCGGUAAAAGCUUUACAGCAUCAGGGGAUGUCCACCGUCACAAAGUGGUCCACACAGGAGAGAAGCCACAUCUGUGUGAUAUAUGUGGUCGAGGAUUUAACAACUUGAGCAAUCUCAAGGAGCACAAGAGGACUCAUGCCACAGACAAGACAUUUACCUGUGAUCAGUGUGGAAAAUCCUUCAACACGCACAGAAAGCUUCUGAAGCACAAGGCCCGUCAUGCUGGAGAGAAACCACACAGCUGUGCCACCUGUGGAAAGUGCUUUAUUGGCUCAGGGGACCUGCAGCGUCACAUACGUUCUCACACCGGUGAGAAACCCUAUAUCUGUAAUGCCUGUGGUAAAAGCUUCACCCGCUCUGCCAUGUUGAGAAGACACAGCAACAUGCACUGCAAAGGUGCUCCAACCGACAGCCCGGUCACCGACAACGCUGAGCAAACUCAGAGUUCAGAUGGAGCAUCCUCUUUCCCUAAGUCCAUCAGCCACAGUAAACCUCCUGUUUCUUCCAGUGAGCAGAAUUUCACCACUAUGAUGCCCCACACAGGACUAGAGAAACCCUCCCCACCUACUCCAUCACCACCACAGCCACCACCACAUAUAGAAACUCCUUCUCCCAGCAUGCACCUCAGUCCAGCUUCCACCCCUACCCCGCUGCCAGAGCUGCGCUCCCUGGUACCACAUCAUCUCCUCUCCUCCAACCACCAGGAGAGAAGUGCGGCCCUGGCUGGUCCAGACCACAUGAAGCUGGGCAAACCCCACCUGUCUCAGGAGGCUGUGUAUGGUCCGUAUGUGGAGAAUGGGCACAUGUCAGUGGAGAUGGGCAGAGGUCUGGUGGGAAGGCCCUACCUGCCUCACACAGACAAUCACUGCAGUUCACUUACAUCUUCUAGCAGGCCCAAUAGUGGCUCCUACAGGUCCAGUGAGGGCCAGUUUAUCUCCAGUGUAACUCUGUGGGGCCUAGCAAUGAAAACACUGCAAAAUGACAAUGAUAUGGAGCAGUAAAAUGUAUAGGCAGUUCAAAGAGUGCACACUUUUCACUAAUGUGUACUUAGCUGAUUUUGAUUGUUACCACCUGGUUCUUGAUUGGUUAAAACAGACUUGUGUCAAAAAAGGCAGCUCUUAUAAUAAAGUGAACAUAAAAUAGUAAUAAUGAA